ACGUUGCGGUGCUUAAUGGAGGACUGACUGACGACUGGUUUAUUUGAAACGCAUUUCAAAAAAAGAAAACGAAAAGAAAUAAUAUUCAAGUGAAAUGUUUUAAGAAAUAAUGAUUAAAAACCAAACCAACAAAAUACUUAACCACUAUUUAAUUGCAAUAAUUUUAAUGAAACUUGCUAUUUUUUUUUAUAAUUAAAAUUAAUUUAAUAAAUACGUAAAAAAGUGUUGUGGUUAUUUUAAACAAAAUGUUCAGCUUAAAAAUUAAAAUAAAUUUAAAUUUUUGUUUUUGUUUGUUAUUGGCGAAUUGUGUCAGUAAAGUUGUCACAUUUCCAGCACAUAAUUUCUCUUUAUGUAAUUGCGUGUUAUUGCAGUCCUGUGAAGCUUUUAACACAUUUAUCGAUAAGUCAUCCGAUGAUGCCCACAUUAAGGCGGUUAUACAAGAGGCGGUUUGCUAUUUUGACGGUUUAAGCAUAUUCGUUUGUUGUCCCGAUAAACUUAAUCAUAAACGAAAUACUAAGGAAAAACCCAAAUUAGAUUAUUUAGAUGAUUUAACGGGACUGAAUUGUCCGCCCUCAUUUGGCAACGAAUAUAACUAUGAUGAAUAUUUAAAAACUCACGAUGAAAUCGAACCUAAAUAUUAUGAUAACCAUUCGCAAAAUAUAAAUUAUGCUUAUGGUGAGGUAAACAAUAAUCAUCAUCAUGAUCAUACUACUAUGCCUGUUGUCUGUGAUGAAUUGGGUAACUGCGCUCCGUACGCGUAUCCGCAUAGUAAUGGGCCUUUGGGCCCACAACCAUAUCCUGCAUUUCAUCAUCACAAUCAUAAUCAUGAAAAUGAUCAUAAUAUUGGCCAUGAUAUACCUGUGCCAUUUUUUCCUCAUACUCAUACCAAUCACCAUCAUCAACAUGAUUAUCCCAUGGAGAGAGAUACACCAAGGCCUGUUAAGAAAACUAUCAGUAGUUGUGGCAUGUUACCGCAAGUUUCCAGUAGUAAUAUUGAAGUUUAUCCUUGGAUUACACGUUUGGCAUAUUUGAACACAACUAGCCGAACAAUACGUUAUCGUUGUAUGGGCACCAUUAUAAGUGAGCAACACAUAUUAACAGCGGCCCAUUGUGUGGAUCAAUUAGUACAAGAUUUAAGAUUAAUUUAUGUAAGGAUCGGCGAUGAUACAAACUUCAAUGACUAUCAAAUUUUGGAGACUAUAGUGCAUCCAAAUUACAAUGAACCCUUGUUCAAUAAUGAUGUGGCUCUUUUAAGACUAGCCAUUACCUCACAAUCCAAGGUAGGUCCUUUAAUACAAAUUUGCUUACCUCAAAAUAAUAGUAAUACGUUGACGGGAGACACGGGAGUCGUGGCUGGUUGGAGCAAUAGUGGUAUUCCAGAACUUAAUAGCUCUACAAUACGUUACAUUAAUUUACCCAUUAUGAAUAAUACUGAAUGUGCCAUACGUUAUGCCAAAUAUAGUGAAAAUUUUGAUAUCAGUAUUGUUAUAACACCAACUGAAUUUUGUGCCAAAGCCCAAGCCAUGAAUGAUGUAUGCGAAGGUGACAGUGGCGGUCCAUUCAUGGAGCGUACUCAAUCUGGACGCUAUACUUUAUUGGGCAUUGUGGCUUUUGGUCCAAAAACCAAUUGUGGCCAGUCCAAUUUACCUGGUGUUUAUAUGAGAGUUAGUUCGUAUGUAGAUUGGAUUAAAAGUAAUAUUAAUUAAAUUUAUUAUAAGAAAUAA